AUGAACGCCGAGACCUGCGUUUCAUACAGCGAUAUGACAUCCAUGGAUUCAUAUUAUAGCCCCUCUGCAGUGCAAGGUAGGGAUCACCAAACGGACCACUUUAGGACAUUUCCAGCCACUGACACCAAAUACAGCCCCACAGCCUUCCUGCCCAACAAAGGUCAGGCUUACGGAGAAAAGUCCCGGAGCCCCUUCCAGCAGGAGUGCCAGUCAUUGGAUGCCGCCACAGCUGGGCAAGGCACUUUCAGCAAAUACCACCUCUUCAUGCAGAGGUCUUCUUGCAAAACAACCCCCGAGGAGGGCAAACUGCACCAAGACAGUGGGCACAACGGAGCUCUCAUCUCCUGCUAUGGUGACGUCUCUUUGUCACCGGCCAAAUGGAGGAAAAGGGAGCGUUUUGGUCAGAUGCAGCAGGUCCGAACUCAUUUCUCAACAGCUUACGAGUUGCCUCUUCUGACGCGUCCUGAGAACUACGCACAGAUUCAGAACCCCUCUUGGAUUGGUGGCAGCAGCGCAGCAUCUCCUGUGCCGGGCUGCAUUGUCCCCUGCGACACUGGGACCCCCUGUAUGACACCUCACCCCCACUCUGCCAGCGGGAUGUCUGAUUUUCUGGGCAUGCCGAGUCCCGUAGGUCAUGUGGGACAGGCUCACAUGGGCAACAUGUUUGGAGGGCCUCCUGGCAUGGCUACAGGCAUCAACACGUACGAUCUGAACAUGGACCCUGACCGCAAGUCCUCCAGUAUUGCCGCUUUGCGCAUGAAGGCCAAAGAGCACAGUGCCGCCAUUUCUUGGGCCACAUGA